AUGUCACCCACGUCGCGCACUCGAAACGCGCGAGCGGUGUACCGCGUCGAACAGCGCUCGCUCGAGAGCGCGUUCGCCGAGCUCGACGCCAACGUCAUCGCGGAGGUACUCGAACGACGACGCGGGAACGUCGACCUGGCGGCGCAGGAUUUGUUGGAAAUACGACCCUCGUCGACGGAGAAGCGACGGAGGAAGGCUGAGGCCCCGGCGACGGAGCGGGAGUACUGGGGCGACGUCUUGGCGGAGCGGAGAGCGGACGCGGAGCGGCCGGGGACGGAGAGCGAUGGGAGCGCGUCGAACGAUAACGCGGCGACGAGAAGCGAGGAACGAUCGAUCAGGAGUAGACACGAGUGGCCGAGCGAGCAGUGGGGGCGAGAGAGCGACGAUUCGACGCGGUUCGCGGACGUCGAACGCAUCUGCGGAUGGCGAAACGGUUCAGCCGGCGAGACGGAGCUACUAUUAAAGUGGCGAGGGACGUCGUAUGCAAACUGCACUUGGGCAAAGACGUCCGCGAUCGAGCGAGAUGUCGCCUCGGGGACGCAUGGGAAGAUGCGAGUGACGCGGUACUUCGAUAAGCACCCAAUAGAGCUCGGACCAAGGGUGGACGUGCGGCCAGAGUACUUGGUUGUUGAACGCGUCUUCUCAAAGUUUGAGGGCGUCGAUAAGACGUUGAUGUGCGUCAAGUGGCAGCGAUUAGGAUACGAUGAGACGACGUGGGAGGAACAGAGCGCGGUGCGAGACCUCUUCGAGGGCGGUAGCGCGGCGAUAGAGCGGUUCGAGCGUGUGCACUCUCGGGCAACGAGUGCUUUCGCGCGUCAAGCCAUCAUCGAACGUGAGACGGCAAACGAUGUCAACAACGCAUGGAGUUCGUACGAUGAUGACGCAGUGUGCGAAUCGUACGGCGAAUCCAGCGAACUCAGGUCGUACCAGAAGGAGGGGGUGAAGUGGAUGUCGUUCAACUUUCGCGCUGGUCGCGGGUGUAUUUUGGCGGACGAGAUGGGUCUGGGAAAGACCGCGCAGUCGCUCGCCCUUAUUCAUCACUGCUUGAAGGUUCGACCAGGUCUGCCUGCUCUUAUCGUCGUACCGCUGUCGACGGUCGUGAAUUGGGAACGCGAGGCGAAGCGCUGGGUGCCUGAUGCGUACUUGGUGACGCACAUCGGAAAGCAAGCUGGCCGAGAUUUUGCGCGAGAACACGACUGGUAUCACGCUCCAGUAGAAGGUGCCGAUGGGUCAUUGCGAAGUAUGAAAGCUGAUAUCGUCCUGACGACGUACGAAACUGUGACUGCCGAUCGACAAUCGUUCGCGAAAGUGAAGUGGUGCACGAUGGUAGUCGAUGAGGCGCACCGUCUCAAACGCAUCGGCGGUAAACUUGGGAACGAUUUGGGCACGCUUUCCGUCGAGCGCAUCUGCUUACUUACUGGCACUCCGCUCCAGAACAACACUGCCGAGCUUUGGUCGCUUCUUAACUUUGUGGAUUCGAAGCACUUCUCGGAUGCGGAGGAUUUUGAGGCGGCGUUUGGCGGCAUGGUCAAGGCGUCACAAGUCGAGCGUCUGCAGCAAGUUCUCGGCCCUUACUUGCUUCGACGAUUGAAGAGCGACGUGGAACAAAAGUUACCACCGCGGAGCGAGACCCUCGUCGAAUGUGAACUUGCGCCGCUUCAAAAGAAGUGUUACAGAGCGUUGUUUGAGCGUAACUUUUCUUUCCUUCGUCAAGGUUGCGAAUCCAAGGAGAACUUUGCAAACUUCGCAAACAUCAUGAUGGAAGUCAGAAAAUGCUGUCAGCACCCUUUCUUACUCGAUGGAGUCGAAGCCGCUGUCGCGCCAGAGGGCGCGAGCACUAACAUCUUGGUAUCGAGCUCCGGUAAGCUACAGCUUCUGGACAAGUUGCUUCCGCACCUCAGGGAAGGCGGACAUCGGGCUCUUGUGUUCAGCCAGAUGACGCGCGUCCUUGACGUUUUGGAAGACUACUGCCGCGCCCGCGGUCAUUCUUACGUACGACUCGAUGGGAGUGUCACCGGUAGCGCGCGACAGGAGGCGAUCGAUCACUAUUGCGCUGAAGAUUCGGACACUUUUCUGUUUCUCCUCUCCACGCGUGCCGGCGGUCAGGGCAUUAACCUGGUGCAAGCAGACACGGUCAUCAUGUUUGAUAGUGAUUGGAAUCCGCAAAACGAUGCGCAAGCGCUCGCGCGAGCGCAUCGAAUCGGACAAACGCGACAGGUGCAAGUCUAUCGAUUGGUGAUGCGCGGCUCGUACGAGAAGGAAAUGUUUACGAGAGCCUCAAUGAAGCUCGGUCUCGAGCAGGCGAUCUUUGGGGGCGCCGAUAAAGAGGAAAAGACCACGGCACAAUCGAGAAAAGAGAUCGAAGCUUUACUCAAGCACGGAGCGUACGGAAUUUUUGCCGAAGAUGAGGUCCGAGCGCAACAAUGGAGCGAUGAUAGCAUUGUUGACAUCCUCGCCAGAUCUGAGCAGAAGCUGAUUAAGGGCGCAGAGGAGACCAACGAAGUUGGUCCAAGCACGUUCGCAACUGCGACCUUUGUGGACUCUGGGAUGAGAGCAGACGGUGUUUCUCUCGAUGAUCCCAACUUCUGGCAAAAGCUCAUGCCUGAGGCGGCUGCGGCGGAAGAAGAGCGCAAAGCCGAGGCUGAGGAGCUCCUGGCAAAAAUGCGAGCUGCUGAAAAGUUAGCCGAGGAGAAAAAGAACGCGGUCAACGCGUUUCACUGGUCUUGGGGCGAGCGCAAGCGAGUCGUUGCUUCUUUUAUGUUGUUUGGCUGGGGCAUGUGGGAGCCCAUCAGGGCACGUUCGCAACUCAAGGACGACAAGACGAUUGCGCACGUGAAAAUGUUUUGUAGGUGCUACGUCGAGGAUGCUCUGAAAACGGUGCCGAGCGAUCUAGUGCCGAAUAUUAUCGAAGUAUUGACAACGGAAGAGGACGAAGACGAAAAUUCGCUCCCAGAUUCGGAGGGUCGAGAGUAUCUUAAAUACAUCAUGGCUGAACAAGGAUUUAACAAUUUUGUGCGUGGGCGAGCGAGCGACGACCUGGCUAGACUCGAGCUGUUGCAGGGAGGUAUCAAAGCGGUUACGAAAGCCGGAAGCUUCGAAAACGCCCUCACAGCUGAGGGUAUGCCUAUCCCAGAGCUUUUCGCUGAUCCUGUGGCGAGCUGGUGGACGGAAGAUCACGAUCGAGCGCUCGUCGUCGGCACGCUGAAGCAUGGUUUUGGCAAGUACGCGGAAAUCCGAGACGACCCAAAUUUGCCAUUUGCCGAAACCUUCGCUGGGAAGAACGCGCCAGAGCCGGUGAAGAAGGAUAAAAAGAAGGAAUUCGAUGUCGUAGCUGUGGACACGGUUGACGCCGAGAAGCCAAUCGAAUGGAUUCAUGGUAGACUCCUCAGCAUGCGCACGAAGCGCAUUUUCAGCGCUCUUGGCGGUACAUCCUUCGAACCUCCGCCAAAGAUUGAGCGAACUGCACGGAAGUCCAAGACUGCAAAAUUUCCUCGGGAAAAGAAACCGAAGGGUGCGCCGAGAAGUGGCUCGGGCGCAACGAUAGAAAAAUUGGAAAAGGCACAAGAGUUUUUGAAGGAACUCAAGCGAGACGCGUGUGGCCAACUCGCCAUGCCUGUCGGGCCGAUCAGCGGUGUUACCAUCGAGUGUUUGGGGGCGGUUCACAACAAGAAUGAUUUCGUAUCGCAACAGUACAUUUUACCAGUAGGAUUCAAGUCCUCGCGAAUGUAUCCUCGUCUAGACAAUUUGGAUGAGCGCACGCGUUGGGAACAAAAGAUCACCAAAGGCCCAAAGGGAGAGCCGCAGUUCACUCUCACGGCUGAGGAAGGAUGUGAACCCAUCGUCGCAAAGAGUGCCACCGCGGCCUGGGCCGAGGUUCUCAAGCGAGCAAAAGCAGCGCGGGAGGCGCGGGGUGAGGUUCCAAAGAAGACAGCCAUCUCUGGGCCCGAGUUCUUUGGCUACAGCUUGCCCCAUGUACGUCUGAUGAUUGAGAGCUUGCCGCGAGUGAGUGAGUGUAAGGGGUACGUGAUGUACGCUGAUUCAUGUGCGAAGACGGUAGAACGUAAGAAGAAAGAAGAGGCGGCGAUGACUCAUCCCAGCGCUGGUGACGACAAGCCUGUGGCGAACGAUGACGUCGAUCUUUCGCAAGGAUACGAGACUAUCGACAUUGAAUGA